CCAGUCCCUCAGCCUCUACAAAGCAAUGGCUGCUUGCGCGCGUCAAGGCCUGGCGUGGUAGGCCUCCGCUUCACUUGGGCUGCGCGGCGGAGGUGCCGUUUCGUGUGGUUCCGAAUCGUCAGGAUGCCGCAGAAACCCGGGGAGGAGGACGAGGAGAGAGGGGCAGGAGAGGCCUUGGGGCGCCUGCGCUCGGUGAACACUCGGGAACCUUGCCAGGUCAUUUUCUGUAACCGCAGCCCCCGCCUGGUCAGCCCCGUCUGGCUGGACUUCGAGGGGAAGCCGCGCUCCUAUCCGAGCCUGAAGCCCGGCACUGGCCGACGGAUGCACAGCUACCUGGAACAUCUUUGGCUGUUUAGAGAUGCUGGGACAGAUGAUAGUCUUCUUGUCAACCAAGCAGAGCUGUUUGUGGCUACCCGCAAUAUGAAUGGGCAGCCUGUAUUUGCAAAUAUUACACUACCAGUGUACACUCUGAAGGAAAGAUGUCUCCAAGUUGUCCGUGCUUUAGUAAAACCAGUGGACUACAGGAAAUUAGACAUUGUUCGGUCACUAUAUGAAGAUUUAGAAGAUCAUCCAGAUAUUAGGAAGGAUCUUCAGCGGCUUUCUCUGGAAACGAAUGAUAGGCUAAGAAAUAGAGUUGAAGGGUCAUCAGUGGAAAACUACUCUUACUAAUAAAUUGUUGGGUAUAAGAGGCA